AUGACAAACACAAGCACUAUAUCAUCAAAAUCAUCUACAAUCACUCAGAAACCUAAAUCAACAGGAUGGGCACAAGCAACUGCUAAAUCUCUUCCUAAACAACAAGAGACUAAGAAUACUAAACCCAAACCAUCAUCCGCAUCAUCUAAUGAUAAAUCUAUACUCAAAACAGCUGAUACUGACGUAACAGAAUCAAAAUAUAAGAACAAGAAGAACCUUGCAGUCCAUAGAGAACCAUUUAAUCAAAAAACAGUAAAGGCAUACAUGGAUAAAUCCUUUAAGAAAUAUUUGAAUGAUCCAAAUGUGACAAAAUAUGAAGACAUAACGAUACAAAUAUUCGGUACAAAGAAUUCCUCACCUGAUUGGGAUACAGUUACCAGCUAUAAUAAAAAGAAAAAUAGAAAAAAUAAUAAGUACGUUUGUUUAAACCCUUUAUUGAAAAAAUUUGAAACCAUUAGCAGCAGCAAAUGA